GUCUACGUUAGGUACGCUAAACGUCCAUCGAGCGGUACUUGGAUCGAAAUCAUGAAUCUCUCGACGUUCGUUAAAUUGGGCUACGCGAUGUUGAUCCUGACCCUGAUCUUGAUGUUCUGGACGUCCAUGGUGCGCAUGAACGAGCUGCCGGUCCUCUAUCCCCCGUGCUUCUUCAAUCCGCUGUGCACCUGCUCGAAAGAGGUGCCGGACCUGGGAAUCGUGAGCUGCCACGACGUGCCGAUGAUCCGCAUCCCGCAGCCCAUCAACGCCACCAAGGUGUUCAUGCUGCACCUCGAGAACAACGGGCUUCGCGGCCUGGAGCCGCAGUUCUUCGUCAACACGGGUCUCUACAAGCUGCGGAUCAGGUACAACCCCUUGUCGGACAUCCCGGACGAGGCCUUCACGGGGCUGGAGCGGUCGCUGUGGGAGCUCGAGCUGCCGUUCAACGAUCUGGUCCAGGUGCCAAGCAGGUCGUUCCGGCACUUGCAGAAGCUCCGGCUGCUCGAUCUCACAGGCAAUCGGAUCUACGACGUCUCGCCGGACAGCUGGCGGGGCAUCGAGAGCUCCCUGCAGAUCCUCCGCCUCGCGGACAAUUACAUCGGCAAGCUUCCGCCGGACGUUUUUUCCGGCCUGACGUACCUCGAGGUCCUCGACCUGGGUGGCAACGACUUGAAGGAGAUCGACGUCCCCAUCUUCAGGGAGGGCAUGGCUCAUCUGACCCACCUCUACUUCAACGACAAUCAGCUCGUGCACGUCCCGUACGCUCAGCUGUCCUCCCUGAAGCGCGUCAAGCUGCUGGACCUGAGCUACAAUCGGAUCGAGAAGAUGCUCCAUCCGAUGCGCGACGCGGAGCUGCGAGGCAUUCAGCUUUCCCUCGACGAGCUGCGGUUGGACUACAACCAGGUGGACUCCUUGCCGCCGGAGUCCUUCCAGCACUUUUUCAGAGUCAACAAGACCUACCUAAGCGGGAACCCUCUGACGACGAUCAAGAAGGGGGCCUUCAGGGACUCGAGGAUCCGGGAGCUCUAUUUCCACGAUUGCGACCUGACGGACAUCUCUUCCGAGGAGCUCUCCGGCCUGGAGCCCUCGCUCGAGUUGCUGGACAUCUCCGGAAACAACGUCACCGUUCUGCCGCCAAAGUUCCUCCACGAGUUCGACUUUCUGCGCACCCUCGUCUUCCGGGAGAAUCGGAUCGAAUCGUUUUCACCCGCGGAGAUAUUUACGGGAUUCCAUUAUUCCCUCUACGAUCUGGACCUGAGCGGGAAGAAGAACGGGAUCGUCGCUCUUCGCGACCUGCGCGAAAUGAGAAAUCUCCGCUUUCUGUCGGUGUCUCGGCUGUCCCAAGCGACCCUCUCGCCGGACGACUUUUUGGACUUCGGGACGGACGUUAAGGAGCUUCGCAUCGUCAAGAGCAAUUUGAAUACGAUAAAGAGUCACGCCUUCGGGCGCAUCCGAGAAAUAAGGUAUCUCGACUUCUCCGAAAAUUCCAUCUCGACCAUCGAGAACGACGCCUUCUCCGAAGUUGGACACUCGUUGCUGACGUUAAAGGUCUCUCACGGAUUGUCGUCGUCGGUUACCGAGUUGCCCAGCGGGCCUCUCAAGUCGCUGACGAAUCUGCAGUACUUGGAUUUCAGCAAUAACAGAAUUAAAACCGUGUCCGACACCUCCUUCCACUUUUUGAAAAGAAUACGACGUCUCAGACUGCAGGACAACGAGAUAGACGGGAUCAAGAAGGGUACCUUCCAGGGCGACAUACACUCCGCCCUGGAAGAGAUAAACUUGGCGUACAACGGCAUAAAGGGCAUAGGAACCGACACGUUCGUGGACCUGUCUUCGACGGUGAUCAUAUACCUGGAAGACAACGCGAUCUCCUCGAUCGAGAGACGGGCGUUCACCAACAUGAAUCGCUUGAGGUACAUCAAUUUGCGAGGCAACAAGAUACGUGACAUCGACGACGACGCGUUCCAGAAUCUCCCGGAUCUCGAGUUUCUCGACUUGGCCUACAACGAUCUGGAGGAAUUUAAUUUUGCCUGGUUCGAUCAAGUUGGGACUUUGUCGUCCUUUAAGGUGAACGCCAGUCACAAUGAAAUAAGAAAGUUGUGGAUCAAUGGCACGACGUUCGUCUCACCUACGACCAUUGGUGGAAACGUGCAGUCGAACAUCAAAGUCUUGGACAUAAGCUAUAACAACAUAUCCGACAUAAUGCAUCAGUUCUUCCGACCCGUCGAGUACUCUUUAACGCAUUUGUACUUGAAACGGAAUCAGCUGACCAACGUGACUCGCGGAGUUUUCGGAAAUAUGCCGCAUUUACAGUGGUUAGACUUGAGCCACAAUGAUCUGCUGGAGAUCGAUUUCGAUUGCCUGAGAAACACGAAGGACCUGCAAGUCCUCUAUUUCGCUUGGAACGACAUCUCGGAGAUCCCGGCGGACGUCUUUAGGUCCCUGCGGAGGCUGAGGAUUCUCGACUUGUCCCACAAUAAAUUGCGAACGUUGCCGGACAAUAUUUUCAUCGACACGAACCUGGAAUUCCUCGACCUGUCUCACAAUCAAUUCGUGCGACUCCCGAUCAAGUCGAUGUCCAUUUCCUCGGCAGCCACCUUAAUGGUUCUCGACAUGUCCUGGAACUCGCUGACAGGGAUACACAGUACGGACGCUGUCUUCCGACUUCGAGAUCUUACGUGGCUGGACUUGUCGUACAAUCGACUGGUAAGGCUCGACGACGGAGUCUUCUCGGACGUCCCCGAAUUGACGUACCUAGACCUCAGUCACAACAAGCAACUGAUUCUGGAAUCCCGCGGUAAAAUGUUUUACGGCAUCGAGAACAGUCUCCUUCAUUUGGGCCUGAGCAACAUUUCCCUUCUCAACGUACCCGAGUUGCCGCUUCGCCGACUGCGAUCGCUGUACCUUGCACACAACGAACUGACGGCCGUGCCACCGGAAAGAGAGUCGAACCUGACGUCCCUGCACCUUCUCGACCUCGGUCACAAUCACCUGUCGUUCGUCCCUCUGAUCACCCACAUGCUGCCGGAACUGAGGAUACUAUACAUAGGGUACAAUCCGAUUACGACGAUUACCAACACGACGUUAUUGGGGUUGACGGAUACCCUCGAGGAGCUGGAUUUACGGAGGCUUCCGUUAGCGACGUUCGAAACGGGAGCGCUGUGCAAAGCCGUCAAACUUCGCACUCUCCGGAUGACGGCGUAUACCGGCAUUAAAAACUUUAAUUUCCCAAAGAUCCUGGAAUAUAACAACGGCCUGAGGCACUUGCACAUCGACGUGGAGAACGAAACCAACUUGGAGACCGAAAUGAGAGGACGACUACCCGCGAAGCUGUACAACUUUACGUUCACCGGGACGAGCUUGAAAUCGUUACAUGCCGACAUUCUCAAGGGAAUGCGAAGCCCUCACCUGCGAAUCAGGUUCUACAAUACCAGCGUUUCCACGAUACCGCGAAAUAUGUUCCAAAAUGCCGAAACCGUGAGAAACGUAACCGUGGACAUCAGUGAAAGUAACGUCAGGACUCUCGAGAACCCCUCGACGGGAUACAGGCCAGGAUUGCCGGCGGCAGCUUUUCUUCUCAGAUUAAAAAUGGCUGGCAGUCGUCUGACCUGCAACUGCGACAUCGGGUGGAUAGAGAUGUGGGAGAGGAAACGCAGGCAAUACCACGAGGAGAGCCAGUGCAAUUCCGACAAAGAGUACUUUGGCUACACGCGAGAGGAUUUCAACGACUUCACUUGUUGGGACAACGGAUGGGACGACGAUCUGCGGGAGACCCUGUGCGAGAACAAGAACAACAUGUCGGUGUCCGAGGCUCUGAGAACGGACAUCGAAUGCGGAUGGAGCUCUGCCGACUCCCACAAUUCGCGCAACCUAUACGUAUUCGUUUUGAUUAACGUUUUAUUGACAACUGCCAAAUACGUUUUACCGUCAACCGUGAACUUCCACUGACCGAUUUUCCCUAGCGAUGCCGAAAGGGGGAAAGGGAGCGCGUGCGAGAGUGAGAGAGGAGAGGAACGGACACGAGUACGCUGAUUCGAUACUUUUUAUAAAAUAUUUCCUUACCGAACGAGCAGGUCGCAGGCGCGGAUCCAAAGCGGGACUCGUUUGUCCGGAUAAUAGAGAAACGACGACGAUCGAAGGGUGACGGAGGCGGACGCCGAUUCUUCAAAUUCAUGUAACCUUCCUUUUAUUUGUACAACAACGAACCAAUAAACA